GUCUUGAAAGACUCUUCCAGAGACUGGGAGACCCUGGUCACGGACUUGACUUCGCCGUCAUGGACCUGGUCUGGCGUUGACCCUCUGUUGCCCUAUUCUAUCCGUGUGAUUGGUCGAAAUCAGUUUGGGGCUGGCCAACCCUCGCGCGCCACGCACGUGGAUGCCCAAGUUGUUAUUCCCGACCUCUCCUUCGUGAUUCCGGUCGUGCGGGAGCCCAGCGGCAUUCUGGAGGGUCGAGAACCGGCCGAAUUGCGGUGGCAGUUGCCUCGUGCCUACACUCUUAAAAACACCCUCACCCCCUUUACCUAUGAGGUGCAAGUACGUCCAGUGGGAGCCGAUUGGAGCGUGCUUGCGUCCGGACUCAAGGUACCCCACUGUCAACUGAAUCAGUUGAGGCCUGACCAGGAUGUCAUCUACCUUCCUCUAGGAGCUGAUUUGGACUUGCGCUGUUCGCUUACUUCACAAAGUCUGCAAGAACCGGUGCGCUUUGUCUGGUCCUUCAACUUUCAACCCAUACCGGAUGAUCCGAGUUAG